AUUUCUGAAUGCCACAUAACGACCAGUCUCAAUAUAGCUACCAAUGCAGCAUUCCGAGUCUAGUCAGCUAGCUACCUGACAGCGAUGACCCCCGGAUGUUAUGGUGAUGACGGAAUUCUUUGCCGAAGCCGUUAGUUAGCUACGGACAUUCAAUACGCAUUGAACUUGCUAGCCAGCUAACUAUUAUUGAAAUACUGACACCAAAGGCACAAACAAAGAAACGUUGGACUCGGAACUUCGCAUAGAGGUCAGUGGCUCAAAUAUUCAUUUGAGCUAAAAUCAAUUCGACAACUAUCUGUCUCGUGCUUUAUAUCACAUUUUCGUGCAAGAUAAUGCAUCAAUAUUUUUUCAAUGAGCUAACUAGCUACGGUUAGCCUUCUUUGCUCGUUUACUGCGUCACUAGUUUCGCCUGAUAACAUAUGGUUUUAUUUUUGCCAGAUAUUUAUACGAUUUAAUCUGUAGACAAUUAAAAUUAGCAAAUCAUGCCUUGAAUUAUUUGAAUUCAAUUAUAACGUAUCUAGCUAGGUAACGUUAGCUGUUGUGCUAGCUGGAUAGCUAGUUUUGUGAACGCUAAAUUGGUAUACUUAGUAGAUUUUUUUGGAUAAAUUGUGCACGCAAUGGAGUCAUAAUUAAUCAGAAAUGUAGCUAAUGUUAGAAUAAGGAUUAUUCCACAUUAAUGGACGGUUUUGACUGAAACAUCAGUCAGCCUAUUCUUACUGAUCUAGCGUAGCGCUAGCUGAGUACACAGACAGUAUGGCUGAGCCCCAUAAUUCUUAGCGACAUAUUAUAGUGGCCAUGCUGGCAGCUGGAAAUCGUUUUUGCGCAGAGGAAGAGGCGAAGCAAGAGGCAUAACUGGGCCCAAGAUCGGUCUUCUCCAGCAGGUGGCGUUUUUCAUCAAGCGAUAUGUUUUUCUUUGGAGUUCACUGUGUCGAAUUUAGUCAACAAAAAAUGUCAUGGUUUAUUUGCUACGUGAGGCUUAUUUGAUCGAAUAGAAGUUUCGUAAUGCAUAGAUUGUUACGACUGUACUGAUAUAAGUAGGACAGGUGACAUCCCGGCAACAAAAUACUUUAUAUCGGAGUUGUGCCUGUCGUUCACACGCGUAUCUGCCCUCUCAUUGGCUAGAAUGGUCCCAACUGAUCUUGCCUCCUCCCGACUGCCUUCCAUUUUUUAGAAGACAUUUAUUUUCGUUGUUAGAGCGGACACUUGAGUAUCUGGUCAAUAUAAUCGAUCAUCUGUGGCUGCAGUCUGUAAACUGAGUUUGUUAGCUAGCACUAGUUAUGCUGGUUGCAAUCGUCCUAAUGUAAUGACUACAUUUACACAGGCAAAUCCCGCUGUCAAUGAGUUUCGGCAGUAUUUCGAAAGUGAGAAACAGUGGUAGGCCAUAUAACAAUUUAUUGUGAAAUUGUAUUGUCGAUGGUUUGGGAAAAGCAUGUCUUCAUCAUGGGGUGCAGGUGGGAUUUCAGAGUGAGAAAAUUACUUGAACUGACUUGAACUUGACCUCAACUUAGAGAACUACUUCACUCCAUCACCCCCCAUGUGCUUCUCUGCCCACAACAAAGCCUAUCCUGACAACUGGAUAAUGAAAUAGGCAUCUAACUUGACUACAGAUUUGUUUUUAGCCCUCAAUUUGAUUUGGGAAGUAUAACAACACAAGUUCUCUCACAAAUAGAGUGUUUCCGGUAAUAAAGUGUCAGUAUGUUACUGUGCUAGCAUGGAAAUACACAUGUUGCUUGUUUACCUCAUAUAGCUCUGUUUUCUUUUAAGGUAUGGCCCUGAUCUGAGGUGAGAGGUGCUGGAUAUGGCUGAAGGGAUUGACAUUGGCGAAAUGCCCUCCUUUGACCUAGUUCCAAGUGCUGAAGCAAAAAAGAGACCCAAUUCAUCAGAUGGCAGUGAGUGAUUUUGGUUCUUCAGAUUAAACUCCUUGCCACAGUUUAACUAAUUUCUGAGUUUGUUGAAGUAUUUUGCUUAUCUACUGGAAGGUGAACAAUUACUUAGCUCAACAUAAUGUAUACUAAAUGCUUUUUAAAAUUGUUAUACACUUGUCAUUGAUUGAUUCUCUGAUUUGUUCUUUAAUGUUAGGAGGAGAACCAAUGAGGAAGAUGCCGGUGUCCAAAUUUGGUUCCAGACCGCUGUUUGAGCCUGUACACUUUGUUAGUGGUGGCAGCAGUGGCGGGUCUGGUAAUGAUGAGAAGGAGAAUGACAAAGAGCGCCGGAGGAGUGAGGUGAACAGUGUGAGACAGCGGGACUCUGACCGUCCCUCUUAUGGCAGCAACCGAGCUCAGGGCUCCUCUGCAGCUAGACCAGCGUUCGACAGAGUUUCAUCAUACGGUUCUUCUUCUGACUCUUGGAGGGACAGAGAUGGAGAAAGUGAUAGAGAGAGAGAUCGAGACAUACCCUCAGGUAGCACAAGUGGUUUAGGUUAUGGGAGCCGAGUAUCCACCUCAAAUUAUAUGACUAAGGUGCAGCAGGACUACUCGGACAGAUACGAGGCCCACAGCACUAGGCAGCCGGACUCAUACUCUCAGGCCCCUAGGUUUGAUGGAUAUGGAGGGGGCAGUCGGUCAGGGGGCUGGGGGGAUUCAGGACGCCAAGGCUUCGGGCAUCAGGACAGACCCUCAUCCAGCAGACCAUUCAGCAGAGUCUACAGUAGCCCAGGGAGGAGCAGCCCCUCCUCAGUUUCUGGGUCUUCUUCACAACCCAUCCCCAUAUCUCAAGCCGUACUGGAUGAAAAGCAGAGGCUGAUCAAUAGUGUGGCAUCCGCCAUAGCUAUCACUUUAAGAGACCCUGCGUUCAUGUGUGGAGCUGAAUCUCCAAACUACAAUUUCAUGCUAAGCCGUAGCAUCCAGGCCUGUAAGACCAACCCAGAGUACAUCUAUGUCAACCUCAAAGAUAUCCCUCCAGCAGACCUACCCAAGAACAGGAAAGUACCGACUGAUGGCUAUGCCUGUGAGCUGAGAUGCCAGUGUGUUUACCUUGCUACUGGAUACUCUGGCAGCAAAAACGGGGCCAGGGACCGUGCUUCUGAGCAGGCUAUUAAGCUUUUCUUUAAACAGGUGGAGGUCCGUGUAGUGCAGCGCAAAUUCAAACACUCCUUGGUCAAUGAUAUUGUGGUCUGCCAGAUUAACUGCCCUACCCCUGCUUUUCUACCGGCACUGCGUAAUCCAGAGGAUAAGCCGACGCCUAGCUCCAAGGGGCAAUACGAGCCUGACAAACGCAAGCACUGGACCGAUUUUGUCAUUGUUGACAACGCUCAUGAUGCCAUCUGCAUUCUUAACAACUCUGCCGCCUUCAACCGCAUGAAGAUUGACUACAAAUUCGAUGUGGUUCCCAACAGCAGCGCAUGGCAAUGUAGCGUGUACCUGCAGGACGAGCUGGUGGCACAGGCCAAGGGAAGUAAGAAGACGUCUAAACAUACAGCAGCUGAAGAGGCAGUGAGAAAACUGCGCAUGAACCAGGCAGCCCGGGAGCAACAGCAACCACAGCAGUUCUUCCGAGGGAACAAUCCCUCUGACCCAUCGUGUGGCCGUUUCGGUCACCAGGGUGGUAGGAAGAAACACUUGAGUGAGCUGGUCAUCCUAGAGAACUCGGACAAUGCCAUCUGCAUCAUCAAUGACACUGCCCAGUUCAACAAGGUAGCUGCCGAUUAUAAGUUCACAGUGCUACCAGAUCACCGCUGGAGGUGUGAGGUAUACCUGGAGGGUCAGUAUGUAGCGUCAGGCAUCGGACCCAAGAAAACGGUGAAGCACAUUGCAGCAGAGGAAGCCCUGGCCACACUCAGGCAGACACAGGCUGUGGUUAAAUCCAACCUCAGGAAGGAGGGUAAUGCUGACGCCCUCUCUCGCCACCAGAUUCUGACGCGCUCUGGUGAGGAAGCCUCGAGACAGGAGAUCAAGGAGGAUAACAUUGGGAAUCAGCUACUCCGCAAGAUGGGCUGGAAGGGUGGCGGAUUGGGCCGGGAAGGGGAGGGCAUCUCUGAACCCAUUAAGGUGAAAGAGCAGUUCUCCAGAGAAGGACUGGGUAUGGACAUGGACAAGUCUGCGAAUCAGCUCACCAAACGGAACAUCGAAGACAUCAUCCGUAACUAUGCCAGUUCAGACCGCCAGGACGACCUGCGCUUCUCCACUGAACUCAACAAUGAUGAACGCAAGCAGAUCCACCAGAUAUCCCAGAAGUAUGGCCUGCGGAGUAAGUCAUAUGGCCAGGGCAGGCUGCGCUUCCUCAUCGUCAGUCGCAAAGUGCACAAAGACCAGCUCAUUGGCCAGCUCCUGCAGGAAGGGCAGGUGGGACGCUACGAGCUGGUGAAACCUCAGGCCUCACACUGACUGGAUGUGGCAUAGCUACAACAAACUACCGAUCACUGAUACUUCAGAACAAAAACAGGUGUGCCUGAUCUGGGCAAAGGUGGUACUUUUAUUGGGGAUGUUUCAAUCUUCUAGGCUUGUCUUUUGGGGAAAUACUUCAGUGGUUUCUGCAUUCCUUUUCCUACAAUUGCAUAUUUUCUGGCAUUGUUUUAACGCUUCUUCUCAUUCUACAAUUUUGUCUUCUGUCAGCUUCACAUUUGCACAAUAUGCUAGUGAUUUGUGCUGUAACAGUUGAUUAGAGUUAUGUAUCUUGACAAAAAGGCUCAAAACAUUUUAGCAAACGUUUUUUAUGGCUACAGAAUUAGCCUAAAGCAGCAGAAUGCCCACCAUUUUACCUACACAUGUUUCAUUAGUAAAAAUGUAUAUCCUGUUGGCAUCACCUCAAGUGACGUCUGUAACUAUAUGCUGGCAUUGACACAUCCCUGACAUAAUACUUGCAAUGUUGUUUUCCCCCCUUGGAUAGUUAAGAGAUCAUUGAAAAAUAAAAGCUGCUUCCAGGACUUGGAAUUUGUCUUUGUCACAUGGUAAAAGCGCAAGCUGUGAUCCCUUCGAAAUGUCAGAUGUAUACGUCUUAGUGAAUAGUUAACUUGUCUGCUUGUUUUCACAGCUGUAAUAACGAUCAAUAAAUUAAGUCUUAUAAUUGUCUAA